GUCAAAGGAAGAGUGUAUGCAGCAGCUAUGGCGAAAGCUUUCAUCGCAUCGCUUUUGCUGGUUUUUCUACCAAUUUGUUACGGACAAACGGACCCUCAACCGGAACAGAUUCACUUGUCAAGUACAGGAGACCCAACGGAAAUGAUGGUCACAUGGGUGACUUUAGCAAAAACAGAUUACAGUGUUGUGCAAUACAACAAAGCUGGUUUACCCUUAACACUGCAGACCACUGGUGCUGCAACCAAAUUCACUGAUGGAGGACCAGCGCACAGAGUGCUGUGGAUGCACAGAGUGAAACUAACAGGAUUGAUGCCUGGUCAAGCAUAUGAAUACCGUUGUGGUGGAUUGGAAGGGUGGAGUGCCCUAUAUGGGUUUAAAGCUCUUCAAUCUGGUGUAGAUUGGAGCCCUAGAAUGGCAGUGUUUGGAGAUAUGGGCAGUGCUAAUGCUAAAUCACUCAGCUAUUUGCAAGAAGAAACUCAACAGGGACACUUUGAUGCCUUCCUCCAUGUUGGUGAUUAUGCAUACGACAUGGCCACUCACAUCAGCUGGAACAUUGGACCUGCACACAUCAUCUCCAUUUCAACUGAAGUGUACUUCUUCUACGAGUAUGGAAUUGAGCAGAUUGUUCAACAGUACGAAUGGUUGGAAAGAGACCUACAGGAAGCAACGAAACCUGAAAACCGUGCCCAACGCCCUUGGAUUAUUACAAUGGGUCACAGACCAAUGUACUGCAGUAACUCUGAUGGCGAUGACUGCACCAAACAUGAAAGCAUUCUUCGUACUGGGAUCACAUCUCAACAUCUCUUUGGUCUGGAGGACUUGUUUUACAAAUAUGGUGUUGACCUAAUGUUUUGGGCUCAAGAGCACUCAUAUGAACGUCUGUUCCCCAUCUACAACAGGCAGGUUUGCAAUGGAUCACUGGAGCAGCCUUUUACCAACCCUUGUGCCCCAGUACAUGUAACCACAGGAUCAGCGGGAUGUCACGAAGACCAUGAUCCAUUCAAGAAAGAUUACCCCCCUUGGACAGUCUUCCGUUCAGAAGAUUAUGGUUACACCCGUAUGACCAUCUACAACAAGACCCACCUGUACUUGGAUCAAGUCAGUGUGGAUAAGCAAGGAGAGGUCAUUGACAAAGUGAUGAUUAUCAAAGAUGAGCAUGGACCUGAUGCUUGGAUGCGAAAGAAAGUGUGGGCAUAAAUUCAAUCAAGACCAUGAACUCCUUUUCUAAGUCUCUCAGUUUACACACUCAAUUGUGUGGAGUUGCCCAAAUUUUUUACUGUUAAUUUUCAAUUCAUCCAGUCCCAUCUGGGGCUCGGAUUUUUUCAAUUUUCAAUUCAUACAAAAAUUCACUCUGUUAAUGAAAGAUUUCAUUUUGACAAUCAUUUGUUAAAAUAAUUAGUGUCAAACACAAAAAUACAUACAAACAGAUUGAAAGAUAGAAACUCAUUCAUCAACAUUUUAAGAACAGUAAAAAUCCGCAAGUAAGAACCUAAAAAAUUAAGAACCUGUUAGCCUAAAAUUUGCCAUUUAUACCCCUAUAAACAAGAACCUAUUUAGCCUAAGAAAAUUAAAAUAGGUUCUUAUUUUCUAAAAUCAUAUAGUACAUUACAGGUAUGCUGAAAUUAUUUACUGUAAUCAUAAUUGAAGAAAAACCAGAUUGCCAUUGCUGUAAAACAUGAUUUUCUUAAGAAAAACGAGUGCAAAAUGUGUAAUUACAAAAUAUAGGACAAUUACCAA